AUGUCUCCAAGGGACACAGGUGGAGACCUGCAGUGGUUGGUUGCAUCACUGGGGUCUCCAAAUCUCCAGAACUACAGGGCUGUAGACCACACUCACCACGUGAGACGCUGUUCCGUGAAAAUGCCCAGACCGUGUGAUGUGAAGAAUUAUGAAGACUGGUACAAAGUGGGCAACUCCUGCGUCAUGUAUUUCAACGAAUCGCUCAACUUUACCGACGCUGAGUUCCGCUGCAGGAACGCGGCACCUGGUGGUCACCUGGCGUCCGUGCACAGCAGUCAGGCCAAUAACAAUCUAAACUGUAUCGUGCUCAAGUACAACAAAAAGUCUCCUCGCAUCUGGUUGGGCGGCUUUGAGUUUUUUAAUUCUGGUAAGUGGGUCUGGAUCGAUGACUCUAACUGGGACUUUCAGGCCUGGGUUCCAGGAGAGCCCAACAAUCAAAAAGGCAAAGAGGACUGUCUGGAAAUGAACUGGAAAGAGAACGGGAAGUGGAAUGAUGACAGGUGUUUUAAUAAGAAGAACUUUGUUUGUUCUUUUACCAACUAA